GAUGGCGGCUGCAGCAGUGGUCGAGUUCCAGAGAGCCCAGGUCCUCGUUAGCACGGACCGCGACGCCUCCAUCGACAUCCUGCACUCCAUAGUGAGGAGAGAUAUUCAAGAGAGCGAUGAGGAAGCCGUGCGGGUCAAAGAGCAGAGCAUCCUGCUGCUGGGGUCGCUCCUGGCCAAGACGGGACAGGCUGCAGAACUGGGGGGUCUUCUGAAAUUUGUAAGGCCCUUCCUGAUUUCGAUCAGCAAGGCCAAAGCGGCCAAGCUGGUCCGCUCUCUGCUCGACCUCUUCCUGGACAUGGAGGCAGCGACAGGGCAGGAGGUCGACCUGUGUCUGGAAUGCAUCGACUGGGCCAAGGCCGAGAAGAGGACCUUCCUACGACAGGCUCUGGAGACUCGGCUCAUCGCACUGUAUUUUGACACCAAAAGAUUCCAGGAGGCCUUGGCGCUUGGUACCCAGUUGCUCGGCGAGCUGAAAAAGAUGGAUGACAAAGCUCUCCUGGUUGAGGUUCAGCUGCUAGAAAGCAAGACGUACCACGCCCUCAGUAACCUGCCCAAGGCCCGGGCCGCCCUGACCUCAGCCAGGACCACCGCCAACGCCAUCUAUUGUCCUCCGAAGCUCCAGGCAGCGCUGGACAUGCAGUCAGGAAUCAUCCACGCGGCCGAGGAGAAGGACUGGAAGACGGCCUACUCCUACUUCUUUGAGGCCUUCGAGGGCUACGACUCGGUCGACCACCCCAGAGCCGUCACAGCUCUCAAAUACAUGCUGCUGUGCAAAAUUGUUCUGAACGCACCAGAGGAGGUACCGUCCCUGAUCAGUGGCAAACUGGGCCUGCGACACACCGGCCGACAGACAGAUGCACUGAAAAGUGUCGCCCAGGCCUGUAAGAACAGAUCAUUAGCAGACUUUGAAACGGCCCAGAAAGAGUAUAAAGCAGAACUGAGGGACGACCCGAUCAUCAACACUCACAUGGCCACACUGUACGACAACCUGCUGGAACAGAACCUCAUCCGAGUCAUUGAGCCCUUCUCCAGAGUACAGAUAGGACACAUAUCAGAUAUAAUCAAACUGUCAAACGGGGAAGUUGAGAGGAAAUUAUCACAGAUGAUUCUGGACAAAAAGUUUCACGGAAUUCUGGACCAAGGCGAAGGCGUCCUGAUCAUAUUCGACGAGUCUCCGGUGGACAAGACGUACGAAGCCGCUUUGGAAUUGCUUCAGAACAUGAGCAAAGUCGUGGAUUCACUUUACAACAAAGCCAAGAAGCUGACAUAG